AUAAUACAUCUUUAUAGGACAAUUUAGUGGUACAGAACUGUAUUAAAAGUUUAGUUUCAUAUAUAACCAUGUACCUAAAGUCAAGCAAGGUUAAACAACAAAAACAGCUGUUUGCGAAUAUACGAUGUAAACGGACAAACAGGGGGUGCGUUCUGUUGUCUAUUGGUGGACCACUGAUGCCACAUCAAUCCAUUCUGUUGUCAAACGUUGUGCAACGGCAACGCGUUCCGUUCUCAACUGGCGGGAAAACGUUUGAUGCAUCAAUCCAUCCGCGAUUUUUUAGAUGGAACUGAUGUAAGCUGAACUAACCUCACUAUUAUCAAACUUUUGGCGCCGAAGUAUACAACAAUUACAACAGAAAAGAUGUUAAAAGUCCAAAUUAAUGGAAAAAUAUUGCAGUGGAAUGAAGACACACUUGUUGUACAACGUUUUAAUAAUGAUGACCAAUUUGCUCAAGAAUUCAUUACACAGAUUGUAAAAAAUGGGAAAUUAAUACAAUUUGGUAUAUCACCAAAGGAUAUAGUACAAUUUAGUCGAAUAAUUGAGGAAAAUUCAUCUCCCCUGCAGGAAGAUGUAGAUGCAGAACAGAGUGAAGAGUUCAAGGAGCAAUCUCCAACCCCUUCAGGAGAUUCUGGAAAAAAGUGGACCGAAGAAAGAGCGAUAUUGCUUGUGACAAAAAGAUUAGAUGAAGAAAGGGAUUUCAUAAAUCCCAAAUGUAAAAAAAAUAAACUUUGGAAUGACAUCGCAAGGCAAAUGACCAAUGUAUGUGGUAUAGAAUUUACAGGCACUGAAUGUGACAACAAAUAUCGCAACCUGUUAUAUACUUAAGGCAAAUAAAAAAAAAAAGAAUUCCACUGGCCAGGGUACAGUUCACUGGCCACUUUUUGAUACCUUCGAUAGGGUUCUUGGCUGUAAAGCAAAUAUUCAACCUCCUGAAAAUACUUUAGCAUCCACAAUUGACGUUGAAGAAGUCGAGUCUACCAUACCUACACCUCAAAUUAAAAAACGUUUUUCCAAAGAACAGUAUUUACGGCAAAAAUUGAAAAUUUAUGAAACAUAUAUUCAAAAGAAAGAAGAAAGAGAAGAAAAAAAAUUACAAAUAUUGCAAAAAAUUAGUGACAGCUUAUAAAUUAUGGUAUUUAUUUUAUA